AUGCCCAACGGAGCUGAGAACACGCCCCUCAUCACGACCGUCCAAGUCCGGACGCCGCAACCGCGGUACCGCCACAGCACUCUCCGGCGGUUCUGCACCAUCUCCUUGACAUCUAUCCUAAUUUACAGCUUCUUAUCGUUUCUUAUUAUGAUCAUUAUUGAUGGGCCGCCGCACCGUCAUCACCGCCACGGGCAUCGUUGGUUUGGCGAUGCCUUGACGCUGAGCUGGUCUGCUCCCAAGGUCUCUCAUGGGGAGCUGCAGGAGAUCCUGCUCGAUACCCCCGAGGGUAAGCUAGCUGAGGAGUGGAGCCGGUAUUAUACUUCCGGUGUGCACCUUGCCGGAAAGAAUUAUUCCCAGGCGGAAUGGACGAGAGUGAAGUGGGCCGAAUGGGGAAUCAAGUCUGAGAUCGUAGCCUAUGACGUUUACCUAAAUUACCCAGAGGAUCACAGCCUGUCUCUCCUCAAGAAGAAGAAGAGCAAGAACUCGACCGAUUCCGAAACCUGGGAAGUCAAGUUCAGUGCCUUUCUCGAGGAAGAUGUCCUCGACGAGGACCCCACCACCGGCCGGAAGGAUAGAGUCCCGACCUUCCACGGCUACUCGGCGAGCGGAAACGUUACUGCGCCAUUCGUCUAUGUGAACUACGGUACCUACCAGGACUAUGAGGAUCUCAUCAAGGCAAACGUGACCCUAGAAGGGAAGAUUGCGAUCGCCAAGUACGGCUUCAUCUUCCGCGGACUCAAGUGCAAGCGUGCCCAGGAGCUCGGAAUGGUCGGGUGUGUUUUGUACUCUGACCCGGGCGACGAUGGUGAGAUUACGGAGGAGAAUGGUUAUAAGCCCUACCCGGAAGGCCCGGCGAGGAAUCCUUCUAGUGUACAGAGAGGAAGCGCGCAAUUCCUAAGUAUCCGGCCUGGUGACCCGACUACUCCUGGGUACCCUUCAAAGCCAGGCGUCCCUAGACAGCCGGUCGAUGACAGUACACCUAGCAUUCCUUCGAUUCCGAUCUCUUACGCCGAUGCUAUUCCAAUUCUCAAGGCCCUCAAUGGUCAUGGUCCCAAGGCGUCAGACUUGAACAAGUGGUGGCGGAGGAAUCUAGGCCUUGGAUACAAAGGAGUUCAUUACAACAUUGGACCUAGCCCCGACAACGUUGUUCUCAACCUCUAUAACCAGCAAGAGUACACCACAACGCCAAUCUGGAACGUGAUUGGCGUCAUCAACGGAACCAUCCCCGACGAGGCAGUCAUUGUCGGUAACCAUCGGGAUGCAUGGAUAAUCGGCGGCGCGGCAGAUCCGAACAGUGGCUCCGCAGUAAUCAACGAAGUCAUCCGCAGCUUCGGAGAAGCCGUAAAAGCUGGCUGGAAGCCCCUCCGCACCAUCAUCUUCGCCAGCUGGGACGGCGAGGAAUACGGUCUCGUCGGCAGCACGGAAUGGGUAGAAGAAUACCUCCCCUGGCUCACGAAUGCCAACCUCGCCUACAUCAACGUCGACGUCGCCGUCAGCGGACCCAACCUGCGUGUCUCGGCCGCGCCGCUCCUGCACGACGUCUUUCGCAAUGUCAUCGAGCUCGUGCCGUCGCCGAAUCAGACGGUUCCGGAUCAGACGGUGGCCGAUUUGUUCAGCGGGAAGAUCUCGACGAUGGGGAGUGGGAGCGACUUCACGGCUUUCCAGGACUACGCGGGUGUGCCGUCGAUUGAUAUGGGGUUCGUGGCUGGGACGCCGAGGGAUGGGCAGGCUACGUAUCAUUACCAUUCGAAUUACGAUAGCUUCCAUUGGAUGAGCGAGUACACCGAUCCCGGAUUCGUGUACCAUGCGACCAUGGCGAAGGUCCUUGGUUUGCUUACCGCUGAGAUUGCGAACACACCUGUCGUCGAGUUCAAAGCGACCAAGUACGCCGACGAGCUAGGCGUCUACCUCGACAAGGUGGAAGAUGCACUAAACGAGGAUCCCGACAACGCCGUCUUCAUCAUGGACGAAGACGCAGACGAAGAAGAAAUCCUCCUCGCACUCCGCGCCGUCGACCGCGGCACCAGCACCAGCACAAAAAAGGAGCACGACUUUAGGACCUUCCUCAAGCGACUCCAUCGUCUCCGCAAAUCCAUCGGCGAGCUACGCGAGGCCGCCGAGACGGUCGACGAUGAGGCCGAGUGGUGUCGGAGGCGCAUCGAGGAAGGGAUCCCGUGGUGGAAGUUUUGGGAGAAGAUUAAGCUUGGGAUUCUCUUCGUCAAGACGAACGGGAAGUAUAAGCGAUUCGAGAGGGUGUUUCUCUAUGAGCCCGGGUUGGACGGGAGGGAUUGGUAUAAGCAUGUGGUGUUUGCGCCGGGGUUGUGGACUGGUUACUCCGGAGCUGUUUUCCCUGGCUUGUUGGAGAGUAUUAGCUCGAAGGACUACGUGAAUGCGGUGAAGUGGGCGAGUAUCAUUGAUACCUGCAUCCAGAACGGUGUCAAGCUGUUGAAGGCCUAG